GUCUGAGCUGUCAGAGUGGAGAAUGAACGUCAAGGGCAGCCUCCUCCUCCUCCUCCUGGUCAGUGUGUGCUCAGCCUACGAUGAGGAUGAAGAGCUCGCAGACUCUGUGCUGGUCAGGAAGAGCAGAGGAGCCCCCCAGAGCUCAGUAGAAGUUAUUCGUUGCCUGAAUGGAGCAUUGACAGUCGGUUGUGGAGCCUUCGCCUGCCUGGAGAAUACAACCUGUGACACUGACGGCCUCUAUGACAUCUGCAAGUCCUUCUUGUUCAAUGCUGCCAUGUUUGACACCCAGGGCAAGGUGUUUGUGAAGGAAAGCCUUAAGUGCAUAGUUGGUGGUAUAACCUCAAAGGUGUUCCUGGCUAUCAGAAGAUGCUCCAAUCUACAACGAAUGAUUGCUGAGGUACAAGAGGACUGUUACUCUAAGCUUGAGAUUUGCAGUAUUGCCCGUCACAACCUAGAGGCGAUCACUGAGGUUGUGCAUCUACCACAGCAUUUUUCCAACAGAUAUUACAACAAACUACUGAGCAGUCUUUUGGAAUGUGAUGAAAGGACAGUCACAGCUGUGAAGAACAACUUGAUGAAUCAGAUUGGACCUAAUCUGGCCAGCCUGUUCAAAACCCUUCAAGGUGACAAGUGUUUCCAAGUCCAACCCAAAAUAGACUUUAAUCGUAAGAGAAAUGUUGAUCCACAGAAACUCCGAGUGUAUCUCAGUAGCUUCAGAAACGAAGACCUUGGAACUCUCUCUUCUACCCAAGACUCAUCAGAAGAUUAUUAGCAGUAAUAAAGCUUGGGGAAUAAGAAUGACCAUGACCAGAAAAAGUGUUAGAUGUAGCUCAAUUAGAACACUUCUCAGUUAUUUUGUUGAAUAGCCUAAUUAUUAGCUUUCCUCAACUUUCAACA